AUGUGUUUAGAAAUAAAUGAAGGGUGUGAUGAAAUGCUGAAUAAUAUUCAGAAGCAUUUCCCAGGUAAAUUUGAAAAACUACAAGAGCGGUUUGUGACACCAUUCAGUACUGGGGAACCUAAUCCUCCUCCAAAGUUUUACGGUGUGCAACAUUUCUUUGUUGAAUUCAUUCAGCACACAUCUUCCCCAGCUUUUAAUCAGUACUUGACAGAUGUAUUCAUUUCCAAAAUUUUAGAACUUAACGAUUUUGAUCUAUGCUCGUUCCCAGACUCAAAGUCCACUAAACAGAUUUAUACAUUUCUGGUGCUUGUUUUAAGAUUGCUGGGGAAAUUUCUUGGAUAUAUAUAUUUCUUGCCUUAUAGAGAAAAUACUAUUUUGCCUGCUAAUAUAGCUAGUUAUCACUCAUCAUUCAGAAAACACAGAGUUAUCCCGAUCAAUACACUUAAAUUGCUUAAGGUGGCCAUUCAAAAACAAAGAACUAUCUUGACUGUGCCCUGGAUUGUUGAAUUUCUGAGUAUGAUUGAUACUGUUGCUAAAAAUUUUCAAGAACUUAUUGUUGGCUGGUUGCUAGAUGUUUUGGGCUAUAAUGCAGAACUAUGCAGCAAGAGUUGCUCCCUUGAGUUUUUAGAAGGGGACCAACUCAAGGGAAUUGAUUCAGAGCAAUUAGUUGAUAAACAACUAAUUCAUGAAUGUUGUUUGUACUUAGUUGAGUUCAAAGUUCUAAUAUAUAAUUUUGUUCAUGGGAUUAAAACAAAAAGCCAGAAAGUAAGAAAAAUUACUCCUUUAACAACAGCAAAACCUAAACAUUCCUCAAUUAAUACACAAGAAUUGGAAAGCCAGUUGGUGGAGGCAUUUUCAACUUUACGGGCAUCAUCUCUGAAGAAAAUUGUAAAAACAAUCAAGUUUAUUUCUAAAUGCAUGGUCUCAAAAGUGAUUAGAAAAAUAGACAUAGAAUUAAAAAACAUAAAACUUAAGUAUGCAGAAAACGUUCGCCAAAGUAAACAAGAUCCUGCUCAAGCUUCCAAAAAUAAUCCAUUUGAACAAAAUCAGCAAAGAGGUUAG